CAAACGGCGAAAGUAGUUCGGCCGCAUAAAGGGAGUUGACGUCGCCAUCAGCGAUCUUUCCAGUCGCAUGCCGAGCUUGGAUACGUAUCAUGUCUAACGAUUGUGCUGAUUACAACAGCGACCAUGUGGGGCCAGAUGGAAUGGAGCCAGAUGGUGUCAUUGAGAGCAACUGGAAUGACAUUACGGACAACUUUGAUGAUAUGAACCUGAAGGAGACGCUUCUCCGGGGAAUUUAUGCAUACGGUUUUGAGAAGCCUUCGGCCAUUCAACAGAGGGCUAUAAUCCCUUGCAUUAAAGGCUAUGAUGUCAUUGCCCAAGCCCAGUCAGGCACUGGCAAGACGGCCACAUUUGCCAUCUCUAUCUUGCAGCAGCUGGACAUAGAGCAGAAGGAGACUCAGGCUCUGGUGUUGGCUCCAACCAGAGAGCUGGCUCAGCAGAUUCAGAAAGUCAUUCUGGCUCUCGGUGACUACAUGGGGGCAACUUGCCACGCCUGCAUCGGAGGGACCAAUCUCCGCAGUGAGAUCCAGAAGCUUCAAGCCGAGGCCCCCCACAUAGUUGUGGGCACACCGGGCCGAGUGUAUGACAUGCUCAACAGGAGACAUCUGUCACCAAAAUGGAUUAAGAUGUUUGUUCUGGAUGAAGCUGAUGAGAUGUUGAGUCGAGGUUUCAAAGAUCAAAUCUAUGAGAUCUUCCAGAAAUUGAGUACAAACAUUCAGGUUGUCCUGCUCUCGGCCACCAUGCCUACAGAUGUGCUGGAGGUGACCAAGAAGUUCAUGCGGGACCCCAUCCGCAUCUUGGUGAAGAAAGAAGAGCUUACCCUCGAGGGUAUUAAGCAGUUCUACAUAAAUGUUGAGCGGGAGGAGUGGAAAUUGGACACCCUGUGUGACCUCUACGAGACUCUGACCAUCACCCAGGCUGUGAUCUUCCUCAACACUCGAAGAAAAGUGGACUGGCUCACAGAGAAGAUGCACGCUAGAGACUUCACUGUUUCUGCUCUGCAUGGUGAUAUGGACCAGAAGGAGCGUGAUGUCAUUAUGAGGGAGUUCAGGUCUGGCUCAAGCAGAGUGUUGAUCACUACUGAUCUGCUGGCUCGUGGAAUCGACGUACAGCAAGUGUCCCUGGUCAUCAACUAUGACCUUCCUACAAACCGAGAGAACUACAUUCAUAGAAUUGGCCGUGGUGGCCGCUUUGGCAGAAAGGGAGUCGCCAUUAACUUCGUCACCGAAGAGGACAAGAGGAUUCUGCGCGACAUUGAGACAUUUUACAAUACAACGGUGGAGGAGAUGCCCAUGAAUGUGGCAGACCUCAUUUGAGCGUUUUGGGUUUUCCUUUCUAAAAACGCAGUGAUAGUUGACUGUACACUUGCAUUGUGCUUAUUAUUCCAGGAGGUGGGGGAGGAAAAAAAUAAAUAAA